GGGGAUUAGUGGUCUUUGGUCUAAAAAGACUUCUAGCAAACCUCUUAGUCCUUUCUUCUUUCUUUACAGCUGAUGGCUAUCAUUGGUUCCAUCUUUCUUCUGCUUUACAUCAUGCUGUGUUACGAGAACUUCCAUUUCCAUGUGGCUCAUAUGUACGCUCAUCUAGGGUACCCCAGUGCCCAGCACAUUGUGGGACAGAGAUAUCUAAAAGGAGCUGGUGUGGAAAAGAAUGAAGAGAAAGCCAUGCAGUGGUUCAGACAAGCGGCAGAGCAAGGCCACCCACACUCCUCUUUCAACCUGGCCGUGGGGAAACUGAAGAACAUGACAACUAUCCUUGAAGAAGGGGAUGUAGAAAAGCUUCUGAAUGUAGCUGCUGGUCAUGGACUCCAAGAGGCCCAAAAUCUCCUGGAUAACAUCCGAAACAGGCAUCUACCCUGAGAGACCAGGACUAUCGAACAACAUGGUUUCCGAGUAUAUUUGUGUGUUUUGGUUCUGCUUGUAUUUCCGAUGCUUGGUUUUGGAAACACUGCUGCUUCCUUAUAUGUGGAGUUAAUUGGCAUGAUUUAGCGUAUGGUGCAGGAAGAAAUACCCCAUUCACGGCAACACGAUGUACCAGACAGCGUGGUUUAGGAUUUAAGGCCACCAUCACUGGAGCAGUAGAAUUUAUUUAUGCAUUGUAAUAGUCGGCUGUGACAGAAGUGAACAUGGCGCAUCUUUACCAUGCAAUCUAUAAUGGAAAUUACCUUCAUUUAGCAUUCACUAUGGCUUAACAGCUGCACUUUUCACAAUGCAAGGAGCUGGGGGAACUAAUUACAUUGAACAGAAGCUGCCUCCACAUUCAUGAUACCCUCAUUUUCAAGCUACCAGGGGAAUAAUUAGAUUGAGCAGAAGGCACAGUUCCUAGGCCUAGAUAUAUAUGAUUUUUGUGGGUAAUAAAGUCUUGUU